GUAUAGAAACAACGCUCAAAGCGCACAAGCAGUCAGCAGUCGUAACAUACAAAAACAAAGACAAAUACGAAAGCGAGUACAAUUUGUAAAUGUGAAAUUGCCAGGAGGGGCUGGUAAAACCAACAACAACAUUUCCAACAGGAAGCAUAGCAGAACGUGGCAUAAGUCCCAUAACCAAACUUUGAAAAUCAAAUUUCGCUGCUGGUGAGAAAAAAGUAGGGGGUGUGUCACGAGUAGAUCGUGUAGCUUGAUGGAACGGCUGUCAAAACAAAAGACAACUGCCAAAAUGUAUUGCAGACCCAGCAGUUGCAAUAUAAUCACUGUAUUUUUGCUGAUUAACAUGCUGUUAGCGUUGCAGAGGACACGUGUUUCUGGCCUACGCUGCUACACCUGCAGUUACUUGGAAUCGGAUUUGGAUAACACUUGCCUUAUGGAUGCCAAUUCUACGCGAGUCACUAAUUGUUCGAAGAAGUAUUGCACUAUUAUGCGUCAAGAAUCUGUGAGUCCCGCUGGAAAAGUGAUUUCCUUUAUACGCGAUUGCUUGGAUAAACCUUUGUACUUGAAUGCCAUUAAAAGCGAUUCGACUUUCAAAAGCUUCUAUCGCAGCUGUACUACAGAUCUUUGCAAUGACUCAGACGGCAUAACAACAGCAACAAAUGUCGAUCCGAAUUUCGGUGCUUCGCAGAAUAUGAUUAUUAAAGGCAAACGUCAUUAGUACUUAUCUAUAGUUAUAUACGAGUUUUGAAAUGUUUAAUAAAAUAAACAAAAUUGCAUCAAAGGAUAGGCUUUUGG